AUGGGAGGGAAGACCCCAGUAAGCGAUGACAUCAGCGUUCCCACAGUAACAGGCAAAGUAAACGGCAAAAAGAAGAAUUCAGCUGUUUUCAAGAGAUUUAAUUGUUGUGUAGCAUUUAAGCAAGUGAUGGUCUGCGUGUCGGCCUUGCUCACAGUGCCGUUUCUGGUGACCGAUAGCCUUUGCGCUGGCGACAGCAGCGCGAAACUCUUGAAUGAGUUGAUCAGUUCAACAUUCGUCGUCAGUGGUCUCUCCACAAUCAUCCAAACAAUGGUCGGAAUGCGGUUGGCACUCCUCCAAGGAACUGCCUUCGCCUAUGUACCGUCCGUUCAAGUAUUUAUGGGCAAAUGUAUGGUCAACAGCACUACAUAUGUUCCUGAACAUGAAUAUUAUGGAAGACUGGCACUUAUGCAAGGAUGUCUUAUGGCGUCCGCUCUCGUUCCAAUACUCAUCGGAUUCACUGGGAUUGUCGGAGUGCUCACUAAAUUUAUUGGACCACUUACGAUGCAAGGAUGUCUUAUGGCGUCCGCUCUCGUUCCAAUACUCAUCGGAUUCACUGGGAUUGUCGGAGUGCUCACUAAAUUUAUUGGACCACUUACGGUAUCACCUCUUAUGCUUUUGUUGGCAUUUUCGCAAGUCAAUACAAUGGUUGAUAAGAUCAGUCUCCAUUGGGUAGCCAUUAUCCAGGCUAUAACACUGUUCAUAACAAUUCUCUAUCUCGCCGACGUUCUCGUUCCGUUACCCGGCAUCAAAUACGGCAAAUUGCACUGGUACCGAACUAAUUUGUUCGGACAGUAUCCGUAUUUGAUCGCGAUCGUAAUCUCGUGGGCCUUCUGCCUAUUCCUGACCGUAUGCAAUCUCGCCGAAGAAGGCGGUCCAGCACGAGUUGACAUUCCCCACAAAGUGAACGCGAUCCGGAAUUCCGCCUGGCUAGCCAUACCAUAUCCGGGUAUGUUUGUUUUCGGUUAA